AUGUCACCUCUAACGUCUGGGGCAAGAACGUUUCAGGAAACCAAGGGGCACCAAGGCUCAGCGCGGAAGAGAAAGACGCCAAGCUACAGGACCUGUCGCGCCUCCAGGGCCGGGGUGGAGCUGACCCAGCCGAGCCCCGCCCCUGCCUGCGUCCGCCAGUGGUCCAGGAGCCGCUUUUUUCCACUCGGGAAGCUUUCAGAGAAGUCUCACAAAGGAUUCGGCUGGCCGCUUUUCUCAACGCCGAAUCCACGCCAUGCUAGUCCUCAGAAGCGGCCUGACCAGGGCGCUUGCCUCUCGGACGCUGGCGCCUCGGGUACUGGCCGCGGGGGCGCGCCCGAGCCCUUGCCCGAGGGGAUGGGUGGGGCGGGGGGGUGUUUCAGGAGCGUGCAAGCCACGCGCAUGUGCGAGCCACGCGCAGGCGCUCCCAGACCUGGGGCCCAGCGCCGACACCGAAGUUCUAGCUCGGUCUCCGGAGCCGUGUGGCGCGCGAGGAGGGGGCUGCAGGCAGGGAUCGUCCCGCCGGCAGUCGCAGACACUCCGUGGCGCCGGCUGUUGCGUUUUUGCCGCCCAGCUAAGUCGUGGCUGCGGCCCAGGGAGCGCUCCCACGUUGUCACCUGGCGCUAUCGAUCCGCCGGUGGAAUUGUGGCUUUCCAAGCCACCCCCAUCUCUAAACAUCAGGUUGAAGGAGGGAAUGGCCAACCAGCCGCUCGCAGUGGAACAGGCCUUCCCCUUUUGAAUGAAACAACUUUGAGCAUUUCGCGGAGACCCUUGAAGAGGAGACCCAGGGUCCCGGUGGGGCUGGACCCUGCCCGCCACCCGCUCUUCGUGCGGUCGCUCCCCCAGCCAGACCGCUUUCCUGGUAACAGCAUCUCUACCACUGAACUGACAACUCUGGCCUUGAGUCUCUGGAACCAAACAACUCUGUUUGUGUGCUCAUCUUUUGCUACAGGCCCCAGACAAUACGAUGGAACAUUCUAUGAAUUUCGUACUUAUUACCUUAAACCUUCAAAAAUGAAUGCGUUCAUGGAAAAUCUUAAGAAAACCAUUCAUCUUCGGACAGCUCACUCUGAAUUGGUUGGAUUCUGGAGCGUAGAAUUUGGGGGCAGAAUGAAUAAAGUGUUUCAUAUUUGGAAGUAUGAUAAUUUUGCUCAUCGAGCUGAAGUUUGGAAAGCCUUAGCCAACUGUAAGGAAUGGCAAGAACAAUCUAUCAUUCCAAAUUUGGCUCACAUUGAUAAACAAGAGACGGAAAUUACUUACCUGAUACCAUGGUCCAAAUUAGAAAAGCCUCCAAAAGAAGGAGUCUACGAACUAGCUGUUUUUCAGAUGAAACCUGGUGGACCAGCUCUGUGGGGUGAUGCAUUUAAAAGAGCAAUUAAUGCCCAUGUCAAUUUAGGCUACACAAAAGUAGUUGGUGUUUUCCACACAGAAUAUGGAGAACUCAACAGAGUUCAUGUUCUUUGGUGGAACAAGAGUGCAGAUAGUCGUGCAGCUGGGAGACAUAAGUCCCAUGAGGAUCCCAGAGUUGUGGCAGCUGUUCGGGAAAGUGUCAACUACCUAGUAUCUCAGCAGAAUAUGCUUCUGAUUCCUACAUCAUUUUCACCGUUGAAAUAAUUUUCUGCUGAAAUACAAAACAUUUCAUUAACUGCUCUAAGAUGUGUCUGCUAAUGGUGCUUAAAUUCUCCCAAGAGGUUCUCACUUUUAUUUGAAGGAGGUGGUAAGUUAAUUAGUUAAUUUGCUAUGCUUCCUGCAUUUUUGAAAGUUACAUCUUCUCCACUGCUUUAAGAAAUAGUUCAGUUCACUUUCACCUUGGCAUUUCAGUAUGUUACACAUUAGAAGUUGUUGUCACUACUUGGUUUUUCAUUUGUUUUAGAAUACCUCUUCUGUAUUUUGAUAACUCAUUGCUUUAUAGAAUUUUCUUUUAUUCAAAUAAGGAUUUUACAUUUCCUUGCCCGACAGUAUUUUUGAAUUAUUUAUAUAAAAUAUCUCUCUUUUCAUCAUAUCUACUUUUCCUGAGUUUUUUUUUAAAAAUUGCUUAGUGACGUUUAUUUUGUGAUAUCAAAUGGGAUUUAUAAAAAUAUUAGAUUAUUUCUUUACUGUGGAAAAGUACAAUGUCAUCUGUAGUAAUUAUUGCUUUUACAUUAAUUAUUAGUCAUUCUAACUUGGAAAAUAAUGCAGUUGGGACACAGUGUCAAAAAUCUAGAAAGUCUUGUUGGUUUAUAUGCUGAAAUUGUUCAUUUAUAAUUAAUUUUACUAACUUCUACUUAGUUUGGAUCACUAACAGAGAUCUUGGGACAUUUAUUUGUUUUUUGUUGUUGUUGUUGUUGUUAUUUUUUUCUUUUUUUUUUUACUUUUCAGUUUAAUUUAUUUGACUCAAGCAAUCAGAAUGGUCCUGGUACAUCAUAUAUAAGCAUUUUGUUGAUAAGGACACUCAUGCUAGUGAAGGCUAACAUAGGAUAUGGAGGCUUCCUUUGUGAGGUCUGUUACUAGCAUGUUAAUGAGGGGAUUUGACAGUUUUUUUUUUUUUUUUAUAC